ACAGCGUUACAGACCAUUUAGAAAUAGGUUGUCAAUGUGAGAUGGUGUUUUAUUUAUUAUGUAGCUAAUAAAACAUGUACAAAUAAUUGUAUAUUAAACGUAUAAAAUCAAAUUUGUCAACAAAGUACUAUUUAUAGAAUGUUUGUUUGGUUUUAAUAAAGUUUUACAAUAUCAAUUCUCGUCUUCAUAUUUUUUUUCAUCUCGCGAUGUCUCCUUGUCCUUCAUGUGAAAUCCAAAAUGGGUUAUUGGGAUCUGCAAGAAGGUAAGGAUUGUGUCGAGAAAACAUGGAUCACCACCAAAUUAGGCACAGCUCUAGGGUUGGUGGGUUCAGCCUAUCACAUUGUGGCAUUCCAGCCUGAUUCUGCAAUCCAAGCUGUUCAGAGAGCCACAAAUGGCACAGUAACCAUGGCUGCCUUGGGGGCCAUUUUUGGAAUGACCACUUGUCUAGCUGCACAGGCCCGGGAUGCUCCUGAUGACCCUGUGAACUACUUCAUCGGAGGCUGUGCAUCAGGAGUCUUUCUUGGAGCUCGUACUCACAGUGCAAUGACAGGCACGACGGCAUGUAUUGGGCUGGGGACACUGGCCAUGUUCACCAAGGUGGGCAAGAUGGAGGGCUGGAGAUUAGCGGGACCACCGAGGAUGUAAACAGCCUGAGACUAUAUAUCAACAUGUAUAUUGUAUAUUACUUGAAUAAACUUGUGUAAAAGAGUA